AGCGGAUGCCCUAGCAAAUCGCGGAGCCACCGGUCUCUCCCACCUCUCCCUCCCCCGCGAGCGAAUGGCGGCGAGCCGCUCGCGGGAGCGGAGCUCGCGCACGCCGCUGCUCAAGCUCAACAAAGCGCGCCCCCGCGCCCCUCCUCGAGAUGAGGCCUCAAACCCUAAGCCGCGAGAGCACCACCACCGCCAACGCCCACGCCCGCCGCCAUGGCCGUCGUCUCCGAGAGCUCGCGCAAGGCGCUGCUGCCCAGCUUCCUGUACGCGGCCCCUGCCGCCUCCUCGUCGCCGUCGUUCGCGGCCGCCGCAGCCGUGGGUGUACGUGGGGUCCCCGCGCCGUCGCUGGCGGGGCCGGCGGUGUGGGCUCGCUCGCCGAGAGAGCCGGCGGGGAAGAUUGAGAUGUACUCGCCGGCCUUCUACGCCGCGUGCACGGCCGGCGGCAUCGCCAGCUGCGGGCUCACGCACAUGACCGUCACGCCGCUCGAUCUCGUCAAGUGCAACAUGCAGAUUGAUCCAGCCAAGUACAAGAGUAUCUCAUCUGGGUUCGGUGUUCUCUUGAAAGAGCAAGGAGCAAGAGGUUUCUUCAGAGGAUGGGUGCCCACACUGCUUGGUUACAGUGCUCAGGGCGCGUGCAAGUUUGGUUUCUAUGAAUUUUUUAAGAAGUACUAUUCGGACAUUGCUGGGCCUGAGUAUGCAGCUAAGUACAAGACAUUAAUUUAUUUGGCUGGAUCUGCUUCUGCUGAAGUAAUUGCAGAUAUUGCACUCUGCCCCAUGGAGGCUGUGAAGGUUCGUGUGCAGACACAACCUGGCUUUGCGAGAGGUUUAUCUGAUGGUCUUCCAAAGUUUGUCAAGGCAGAAGGCUAUGCUGGAUUGUAUAAAGGGAUUGUUCCACUCUGGGGGCGACAAAUUCCUUAUACUAUGAUGAAGUUUGCGUCUUUUGAAACCGUUGUUGAGAUGAUAUACAAAUAUGCAAUCCCUGCCCCCAAGAGUGAGUGCAGCAAACCACUGCAGCUCGGUGUGAGCUUUGCAGGUGGUUACAUUGCAGGGGUGUUCUGUGCAAUAGUUUCACACCCUGCGGACAAUCUUGUGUCUUUCCUCAACAAUGCCAAGGGCGCAACAGUUGGCGAUGCUGUGAAUAAGCUUGGUAUGUGGGGUCUAUUUACGCGUGGACUCCCUUUGCGUAUCGUGAUGAUCGGUACUCUCACUGGAGCGCAGUGGGGACUCUAUGACGCUUUCAAAGUGAUGGUUGGACUGCCAACUACUGGUGGAGUUGCUCCAACACCAGCCAAGUGAUGGUUGGACUGCCAACUACUGGUGGAGUUGCUCCAACACCAGCCAUUGGUGAAGAGCAGCUGAAGGCCUGAUGCUUGAUUCUAUACUUCCGAACUUCUAACAAUUCCGUGCCAACUUGGAUGAUGGCGAAAUAGGUUCUUAGUUUAGAAACAAAAAGGAUUUUGUUGACGAAUGCUUAUAGUUCAUUAAUUCAAUCGCUGCUAAAAAAAACUGAGAUAAGCAUGCUCAGGGCUUACAAAUUAUAAGGGUAUUGCGGUACAGAGUUUAGGAUAGUAGUAUAGAUGGCCAUUCGAUGAAUGAUGCUUGCGUGAAUGACCGUGGCAUCCUUCAAUUUUUGUAGGUCUAUUUUUUUUAUUGCAGUAGAAAUGUUGAUUACGCCUUGGGCCUUGGCUCUAUCUUUUGCUGGCCGGUUGUUAUCGUUGUAACUCUCCGCGGUAUUCGUUCUUUUCUUCAGAUGUCAAUAAUGCAAUCUGUGUAGUGUUCCAUUCAAUA